UCUUUGCGUGUCUGUGUGUGUGCAUGAGUGAGUGCUGUCUGCGACUGCGUCUGCUGCUGCUGCGUAUCUGAGAGGGAAGAGGAGCCAGUGGAGUGGGAGGGGGGGGAGCCCCAAUGGAUGGAAGGCGUGGAAGAGAGGCGACCCACUAAAAAGACAGAAAGUAAGGCGAAUUGUACUGCUUCUGCCCGGCCACCUAGACAGAGGGAGCGGCAGGGGAAGUCACCUCGUAGGCGGCGAGAAGUGAAGAGGUCGCAACGACGCCUGGAUUGUCAAGAACAGCUGCUGUUGGGCGGCGAGCAGCGGAGGUUACCUGGACAACAUGAGCUCUCCGAGCCUACUGACCCCACAGUAGAGACGUCUGAUAGCUCUCCCAGGAGAUGGGAUAGGUGCAGACGAGCUCAUUUUCUUCAUGGACCAUAUCCAACCACUCAUUUUGGACCCAAAGCCUGCAUUCUUCCCAACCCAACCUCCGUCAUGCAUAUCCAAGAUCCAGCCAGUCAGCGAUUAACAUGGAACAAGCCGCCGGUCAACGUUCUUGUCAUCAGGAAGAUCCGCGACGACAGUCUUCUGGAGCCAUUCAAAGAGCUGUGUCGCUUCCUGGUGGAGGAAAAGAAGUUGAUGGUUUUUGUGGAGAAGAAAGUUGCUGAUGACGCCACUCUCACAAACGAUGAGGCCUUCUCUCCCAUCUGUAAAAAACUCUGCACUUUCAGAGAAGGCUUUGAUGACAUAUCCCAUUGUAUCGAUCUUAUCAUCUGUUUGGGUGGAGAUGGGACCCUGCUCUACGCAUCCUCCCUGUUCCAGGGAAGUGUUCCUCCCGUAAUGGCCUUUCACCUCGGCUCCUUGGGAUUCCUCACACCCUUCAAGUUUGAGUCUUACCGGACAGAGGUGGCCAAAGUGUUCGAAGGGAAUGCGGCCAUCAUCCUGCGCAGUAGGCUGAAGGUGAAGGUGGUGAAGGGUGCGGUGGUGCGGAGCGGCCAGGACAGCGGGCCGGAAGAGAACGGCCUCCAGCCUCACGACCACGGCAGCAGUGAGGCGGACAAAGUCACCCAGCAGCUGCAGGUGCUAAAUGAGGUGGUGGUUGACCGAGGCCCCUCGUCCUACCUGUCCAAUGUGGACCUGUACCUGGAUGGGCGCCUCAUCACCUCGGUGCAGGGAGAUGGAGUCAUCGUGUCGACACCCACGGGCAGCACGGCGUACGCGGCGGCUGCUGGUGCCUCCAUGAUCCACCCCAACGUGCCGGCCAUCAUGGUCACCCCCAUCUGCCCCCACUCCCUCUCCUUCAGGCCCAUAGUGGUGCCCGCAGGGGUGGAGCUCAUGAUUAUGCUGUCCCCUGAUGCACGGAACACAGCCUGGGUUUCCUUCGAUGGCAGGAAGAGACAGGAGAUAAAGCACGGGGACAGCAUCAAGAUCACCACGUCCUGCUACCCGGUGCCGUCCAUCUGUUGCCAUGACCUGGUGUACGACUGGUUCGACAGCCUUGCCCAGUGCCUGCACUGGAACGUGCGAAAGAAGCAGACACGCCUGAGCGAGGCCUCCGACUCCUCAGACACAGAAAACUGACAGUGCUGCAAAACCCGCCCUCUCGGUUGUUAAUUAUCAUAUGUUUGUUUGUUUGUCUCUUUCUUGGUUGUCUGUCUUUUUUUAUUUUACUUCAUGUUUUUUUUGUUAAAUAGAAAAAAAUAAAACUCAGUUUUGUGUCUGCACCUCUCUUGUAGGCUACAGAUAUAGAAAUGAGUUGUUACAUGCUGUGUGUAGCAUUGUAUUUAUGUUGUUGCUGGGGCACGGGGCGGUACUGUCAAUUUUCUGUACAAGGUUGUCGUCUUUUACAUUGUCAUUAUAGGCUCAGUGCUGCUAUGCCCUCAUUGGUUUUACAUAUUUUUUUCCUCUCUGAACCUGUUUUUAUUUUUAUUUUCUCUUUUUUUUAAAAAACAAAUAUGUUAUUUUCUGUAGGCUGUCUCGUGAGACAGCUCCAACCUGAUUCAUACAUUCCAAAACACCAAAACCUGUCUGGCUUGUGCGCAGUGUGACCUUUUUUUGUAAAAAAGAGGUUUUUAACUCUGUCCCUUUGACCUGAGGGGGGGGGAUUGUCUUUUACGGCUGGUAUGCUGCUUAUGUCAAGAGUUUUAAUUUCUUACAUUGGCAAUGAAGAUGCAAGGCUAGGUUUAUACAUUUGACAUCCUGAAGACCGAAUGAUGUAACUGACUUUUUUCUGAUGUGUUAAAAUGAAAUAACAUGGAUAAUUAGAAGUCUAUUACUUGUGCGUGUAGGAAAUGCAAGAGGUUAAACAAAUAAAUUAUGUUUACUAUAUUUAUUACAAACUAUCUAACAGAAUAUGGAGUGUUAACAAAGGAGAUGCUCUGUUUAGUUCACUUUACUGCAAAAGAAAAGCACUUGUCACCGUUCUUCUGAUUCUACAUUACUCGGGACAAGAAAGGUAUAUAUUUGUACUAAUUACCACUAUUAGUCUUCUCACUUUCACGGCAAAUAAAUUCUGAAAGGUUUA